AGGAAACAUAUGGUUUUGCUGGAAAAUUUGAGUUCAAUGGCUCCAAAGCAAGUGCCAGAGAUGUUUGUGCUGCUCUGUAUAACAGGUUUUGCCUUCUAUAUCAAUGGCCAACCUCUCCAAAGUCAGUUUAAAGGAGAAAACUACUCCACAAAAUACGUUUGUAGUAUACCUGGGUUACCUGGCCCCCCAGGCCCUCCUGGAAACCAUGGCUCACCUGGACCACAUGGCCGGAUUGGGAUCCCAGGCCGAGAUGGCCGAGAAGGCAAAAAGGGAGAAAAGGGUGAGAAAGGAAAUGCAGGUGUAAGAGGAAAGAUGGGUCCUGCAGGACAAACUGGAGACCGAGGAGACCAAGGGCAGCCUGGCAAAAGAGGGCCUACAGGAUCAGUAGGAGGUAAAGGUGACAUGGGACCUCUUGGUCCAGCAGGACCAAAAGGGGAGAAAGGAGAAAGAGGAAAAACAGGUCCACCGGGAAUCUGUAAAUGUGGGCAAAUCAUACUGAGAUCAGCUUUCUCUGUUGGUAUUACUACAAGUUACCCAGAGGAAAGAUUGCCAAUCAUAUUUAACAAAGUCCUUUUUAAUGAAGAGGGACAUUAUAAUCCUUCAACAGGAAAGUUCAUCUGUGCCAUCCCAGGGAUUUAUUAUUUCUCCUAUGACAUUACACUGGCAAAUAAACACCUUGCCAUCGGUCUAGUUCAUAAUGGGAAGUUCCGGAUAAAGACAUUUGAUGCUAACACAGGAAACCAUGAUGUGGCAUCUGGGUCAACAGUGAUUUACCUUCAACCUGAGGAUGAGGUGUGGCUUGAGAUCUUCUACACUGACCAAAAUGGCCUUUUUUCUGAUCCCACAUGGGCAGACAGUCUGUUUUCAGGAUUUCUCUUAUAUGUAGAUACAGACUACCUUGAUGCUCUGUCAGAUGAAGAUGACCUGUGAUGGAGAUGGCUACAUACUUCUAAAUGAACAAACGGCAGUGGGUAGACUCUGCCCUUCCCUCUUUAUAAGGCAAUGCCUUUAUCUGGAUAUUUGUUGUUGUUGUUGUCAA